UUUCAUAACAAAUCUAAUAACAAAAGCAGGUUCUAUAUUUUACACAAAAAGUUUUUGAUUAAAAAGUAUUAUUUUUACCUUUUAUAACUUAAAAGUCUCUGCCAUUCUUUAAAUAUAAAUAAUACCUUUAAUUUUUCCACUUUUGGUUCAACGUUUGAACGGUUCUAUUGGAAGAAUGAAAUGACACAGCUGAUUCUCGAAAAAUGGAACGUGUUGGAUUUGACAGUUUUCUUCGGGCCGAUUGAUUUGUCGAUUCUUGUUUCGAUGUAUUAUUAUAAUAUUUUUUACUCGAUAUUCUAGAAUGAAAAUAUAAUAACGAUCGAUUAAUUUGUAAAGACUUAUUGUUAAAGUUUUUACAAAAACUUAAAAUGGGUGUGUGAAUUUAUCAAAGGCACCGGUUGCGAAAAUGUCUGUCCCUGAAGAUCAGGACGAUUUCAUAUUUCGUCCACAGCAGCAUUUAGAUGCAAAAUGGCUAAAUCCUGAUUUACAAGAAGCGCUUCAUGAUCCCGAUGGCUUGUGCACUCUGUUCAAUAGUCUUUUACAAGACAGAGAAAUUUAUUUCGAGGCCGGAAACGGGCUCGUAAAUAGUGCUGGUGCUACUUCUAAACUUGGUGACAGUGGAAAAUAUUACUGUGGUUUGAGGAUUCUAACUUGCACCUGUUGUGAUGGUCUCUGUGGCCCACACUCUGGUUGUGCCUGCCCACCAUGCACCACUCUGUCAGCUGAGGAGGAGCUCAGAAUCUCAAUACGGUCCAAGCAAGUGGCACCACCUCCAUCCCAUCAGAUAGUUGAUGACCUAAAAUGGAAACAAGACCCAGGUCCAGAAUGCCUGCAAAGUUUAAUGGAGGCUUUGGUCUGGGAACAGCGAGUGAGAGCAAUCAACACGGCUGUUAGUUGUCCAUUCAUAUCUCAGAUCCGUCGACUCAUUGUGUUGUGCAAUAGACAUCUUGUAGCUGUUAUUAGAGAUCAAAGUCAGAACAAAGAGGUGAAAAGAGUAAAAAUAGAAAGGAAGCCUCCUCAUACAGUCAGUAACAGAGCAUUGAGCAGUGUGGUUGGCACUCUGAACAAACCUGGAGAGGGAACUGACACCCAGGAUGACACUGAGGAGCAGACAGAUGACUCAGAGAGUGCUAUUGGUCUCGCUCGAGUUGGUGCCCGCGCAGCUCUUCGCUUGGCAUUAUCCCUCGUCCGUCGCGCAUGGCGUUGUGGUGAAGACGCAGAUGUGUGCUCAGCCUUACUCCGGGACGCUCUCGAAGCAGUUCGAGCGCUGCCCGAUGCGGGAUUGUUCGCUGGUACGGGGCCUACAACUACCCCAAGGUCACAGAAAAUAUGGGCCGAAGUUGUUGAUAGUGCUGCCAAAUUCCUGCAUCAAGUUGUUGUUGGUGAAGUCGGAUGUAAUGUACCACAAGGCGACUGGCGAACCUCUCUCUGUGUGUGGGUAGAACUGUGUGCGCGGAGAGCUGAACUGCCCGCUCUGUUGAAGGCGGCUGAUGUUCUAGUCACUUUACCUCCAAAACAGAAGCGACACCCUGACAAUAGGAUUGUUCUAGAAGAAUGUACAGCACCAUUAGGACCAUUUCUAAGACGAAUGGCAAAAGUAACAGCUCCAACUCCAAUUAUCAGCAAUGAACCAACUACUGAACCCAAUAUUACGGAAAUGUACCUAAAGGAGCUAAAUAUUCCUAGCGGUGAUGGCUUGAUGGGGGUGAGGAAGGCUGGUAUUGCCUUACUAUGUCAUCUAGAUAGGCUUGGAGCUCCUCUCCUUCCGCCUCAAAAGGGAUUUGUUACUUGCACAGAAUCGGCUCAAGAAGUAGUAUCAGUUGGUUCAGGCUCUGUAUAUCUGGGUACACUACGAAUCCAACAAAUAUCGUGUGCUGAGAAACUGGCUUUGCUACUGACGCAAGAUGGUGCUGUGUAUUCAUUGCCCUACGAUACUAUGACACCGCAGUUAGUUCCAGGCCUAGAAAGUAAGACAAUAACGCAAGUCUCCUGCCACCCCGCCGGCCGCCAUUACUUGUGUCGUUCAUCGUGCGGCGGCGCGUGGUCGUGGGGCGCCGGCGACGACGGCCGCCUCGGCCACGGGGACACCGCGCCCAGGGACGCGCCCACGCAUCUACAUCAUCUCGCUCAUCAUGAGAUCGUUAGAGUCGCUGCUGGCGCUGCUUGCAGUGCUGUAAUAACAUCUCGAGGCGCAUUAUACACUUGGGGUCGAUGUGCACAAGGCCGCCUCGGUCACGGCACCAUCGAGAACUGCCUCACUCCGCAACCUGUCUCCUUCAGUGCACAUAAUUGUGGACGGGUUAUUGAUAUCGCUUUUGGUUGGGGUGAAGGUCACACGUUGUGCAGUACAUGGGAUGGUACGGUGCAAGUGUUCGGAGACUCGGAGGGCGGAGUCCCUCACGCUCUGAUGGCGCUGUCCGUGCUGGUCGUCCCGCACGUCUAUACUGGGGAACAUUGGCAUGCUGCGCUUACUGAUGAAGGUCGAGUAUACACUUGGGGUAAAGGAGAUGACUUUCGUUUGGGGCACGGCAAUGUUGAGAGCGUGAAGACUCCAAAACUAGUGGAAGCGUUACAAGGUAUAAAAGUAGUAGAUCUUUCACUGGGAUCGACACAUGGCGUCGCUCUGACAGCAGAGGGCGCAUUGUACGCUUGGGGCACGAACGAACGUGCACAAAUAACGAGACCUGUACCACAACUGUUGCAAGUACUCAACCCGUCCCUUAAGGCUAAUGGUGUCACCAGUGGACUAUCACAGAUUAUAGUUUGGAGCGAAGAAAGUCCAAGAGAUUUACCAUCUUCCAUGCCAUUCGUUAUAGAUUUAUCUGAUAGCACUUUCAAACUUCUGGAAAGACUAUUGAGGAUAGUUGUAGAACAAAGCAGCUCAGCAACUAUAAAGGAGGUCGAAUGUAUGGCCAUAUCGUGUCUGAAUCUCCUGCGGUUGCAAGUGCAAGCGUGGCAAUGUACACGUGGCUCUGAACUGGAGGACAUAGAAGGCGAAGCUCGUUCCUGGUGUAAUGGCGUGCAUAGCGCGCUAGUAGCGUUGGUAGAAGGUCGCGCGGGAGCGGGCGCCGCGGCCGCAGCGAGGCGGGCACUGGCGGCCGCCUGGCCACUACUACUGCCUACUCCACAAGUUAGGGCACAUCAUCUUAUCACGUUAUUGCCUCAAGGUUCGGUACCAGCCAGCGCAGGCGCACGUUUCAUGACAGAGCUACUGGUGUGGUCGUUGCUCGGCGGCGGCGGGUUGCGGGACGCGUUACGUAACGCGUUGCAGGACCAGUCGCCAGACGCGUACAAUCACUUACAACUUGAUUCGGAUUAUGAUCAAGUUGACAUAGUGACUGGACAACGAGGCCCGCCCCCUAAAACGUCCGACAGUGAUACAACAAUAACCGCAGGCUGUGCUGAAGAAUACCAGAUGAAUAAUGCAGUAGCGACUGAUAAAGGAGCGUCAGUACCAUUAAUGCAUUUAGUAAAACACUUGAUCCGCAACACGUCCUGUCAGACGCAAAUGCAUAUAAAUGCAAUAAUGCACGGUGAUACCAGUAAAGCGGACGACCCUAAAGGACAUGAUACUGUCAGUCCUAGCUGUGACCUGCUUAUACGAUUUCAAAGGCUAUUAUUCUGCGAAGCUAUGUGGUCACGUGGAGGUCGUAGUACCCGCGGCAGCGCACGCGCACUCAUCACGCAGUACAUAGAGCUACUGGCGGAACACGUACAGUCCACGCUCCGGUACUUUAGCAGAGCAGUGCAUAGAGCUGAUAAUACCCAACUCGGGGCGCUCUGUGAACUUAUUACUGCUGAUAUUGUUGGUCGCGUGGUCAGUGAGUUGGGAGCCUGGAUAUGCGCAUGCGCAGCUCGUUCUCCGUGUGCUCUGGCGGACUCGGCUAAUUCGCUAGUGAAGAUAGCGCGCGCUUGUGAUGAUGCCGCUAAGGCUCUACCAUCUGCUGCCAAACUAGAUGCUGACCUUCUUGGGUGGCCAGGACUGGUGUCCAAGAAACAGCAGUUGAAGAACAAGAUAAUUCGCAAAUGUGACCUCCAAAACCACACCAGAGAAGGUGGCUCAUGGGUAGUAAUAGCGGGUCACGUGUUCGACGUAGAAAACUUCGAGUGUGACAAUGCUAGUACAGUGGAGAUGAUUCGCAAGCUGCGAGGUUCAGACGCGACGGCGGCCAUGAGCGUCGACCCCCACGCCGCGUACAUUUCGCGGGUCACUGAGAAAUAUGUCGGGUUGUACUCCGAUCAGAUUUAUGCGCAUAAGUGUCAGGAAAGUACAUCAAGUCUGAAGUGCCACCAUAUUCUGUCGACGUGUGCGUUCAACGUGUCAGUAGGGCUGACACAGUGCGGGGCGCGCCUCGCUCGGUCGCUGCCAGUACAACAAGCUGAGCGGGACGCUGCGCCCUAUGCCGCCGCUGUAUUCCUAAGAGGGGGGCUACAGGUACCUCAACUAACAAAUCCAUUCGACGAGGAAAAGGCAGAAGCCCGCAGUGGUUCGUCCACAGGCGGUAACAGUCCGGCCGGCGACGCUCCAAUACCGACGCGGACGUCACGCCCCCCUCGUCCCCCACCUCGCGUCAAUGUCGCCCAAUCGCCUGCUAGGGCUGAAGCAUUAUUGUUCGCAUUGGCUGAGCCUAAAUUGCAUGAUCCUCUAGCUCUACACUUAUGGUGGGCGUGUGAAAGACGCGAGGGUUGUGCUCCCCACUUUCCACCGGAACAUCCGUUGGAAGAACUUCGUCGGGCGCUGCUAGCAGUUUUAUUGUACCAUGCGGGGUUAAAGGAACAUGCGUUAGCCACUGCUAUGGCAGAAAUGGAGAAGGGUGAAGUAAAGCUGUCGCCUGCAAUGUCUGAAAUAGUGAAAGCUGUUCAGCAAAGCAAAUGGACUCUGAUGAGGACCAGGCAGCAACUUUCUAGAGGGUAUAAAGAGGUUUGUGCAGCACCUCUAGAAAGAGCACGGUUCCUUCUCCACGAAGUCCGAGCAGCAAUGUCUCCCGCAGUAUCAGCAUUAUAUACCCGACCUCCUUCACAUAGGCCGCCUACUGCUAAGAAAAUAUUCCAAAAAGUUAUGCGAGCAUCUAAGACUCCCGGGUUUAACAAAUGCUUUGAAACGACAAAAGAUCUGAGAAACAGACAAAAUAGUCUUAGUAAGAGCAUGUUCAAAGCUACCAGUAGUCUUCUCCAAGGCGAUGCACUCCUCAUAAAGUCAUCCGUCGCUCAAGCUUCGAAAACUCCUGAAGACGCUCCUUGCAUUAUAGUCGAACCGUCGAAAGUGCACAACGAACCUCCCAUCGCUCCUACAAAAGACACUUUAUUAAGACCUAAAGUGACCCUUAAAGUAAAAGAUAAACCGUUAGAAAAAGAUUUGAAAAACGCGUCAAAUAAUGAUGAUAUGAAGAACGAUGGUCGAGGAGACCGUGAUAAGGACAGAGGCGACAAAGACGACGGUCUCGAUAAAGAACACGAUGAUAAAACCCCUACGAAUGAGAUAUCGAUUAGCUCGAUAAACGAUAUGACCGAUAACUCGAUUUUUAAAGAAUCGAUGGAAAGCGAGAAGCAAGUUAUGAUACUAGCUGAUGAUCUGAAGACUGAAUUGAUUAUGGCUGACGAAGAAAAGGAUGAUGAUAAUUCUGAGAGGAAUAAGUUUGUUAAUGCGUGGGUUUCGAGACUUGCGUGUGAUGAGAAAGAUCUGUAUUGGCUGUUGGAGGAAGUUACUCAAGAGCAGCAAGCUUUGACAGUCGCCAUCAUUGACUUCGUCAUGACUGAAGAUCCCUGUGAUAUAGACAUACUUAGGAGAGCUUUGUAUUGUCAGGUACAAAGAGCGGAAAUGAGAAAGAAUGGUUAUAGUAUGAUCAAUAGUAUGCUGAACUCGUCACAAACUAUGUCUGAUAGCAUUAAGUACGCAGCUCUGACGGGUAUAUUAGGAGCCAACAUAGCGGAAUCCGUACCAUACGUAGCUUUAAAGCCUAGCAUACCAUUGACACACCCUCUAUCAGGAAUUGAAUCUGUGAUACCCUACUCAAAGUACAUGGUGUUGCUAGAAAGGUCUAAAUUAAUGGAUUUUAUACUGAUCGAGUUGAAAGCGAGGGUUUUAGAAGGAGAACAGACGCAGGCGCUGCCGUUAAAAAUGAGCGCUAAUUACGGUGCGCACGCGUUGCUGAAUCGACCAUCUAGGGCUAGGUUCCUAAUAACUCUACUAUCACUCCUCAUAGAAGGGUGCCAAGGUCCUGAACUAGAACAGUUAAUCAACGGUGGAGCGCUAAGUUCAUGUCUAACUUUACUAAAACAAAUUGGAGGUGACACGUCACAGCUGACGUCACUCAUUUGUAAUGGACUGAAGGCGAAAUCGGAUUGCCUGGUAAUAUUCGAGGACGAGCGACUAGGCGCCCGCGCACGUGGUGCGUCACUGUCCGGGCCUGAACUAGCUUCUUUGAUGAAAAUCGGUACUCGAGUGGUGCGCGGCAAAGAUUGGAAGUGGGGUGAUCAGGAUGGCGUACCUGGUGGCGAAGGUAGAGUUAUAGGAGAGUUAGGUGAGGACGGAUGGGUACGAGUAGCAUGGGAUGCUGGUGGUACGAACUCCUAUCGAAUGGGCAAAGAGGGGAAAUAUGACCUCAAACUAGCUCGUUCACCAUCACCCCCGCCAUCUGUAGACGAAACUGUGCAUGGGCAUGCAAUAACAGAUAACAAUGUAGAAUGGUGGCCAGUAAGCGAGGUUCGUGCAGCUUGCACUGGAGCAAUCAGAGCUCUAUGCGCCGGUGCAGGCGGUGCACUCGCUUGUGUUGGUACAGUCGCUAGAAGAAACGUCGCUGCGUUACAAAGGAGAUUAUUGACUUUGGCCCAUGCACACUCUACACCUCCGCCCACAGCGUUUACUACGCAUUAUCAUACUGCGUUAGCUUUGUUGCGAGCAAGUGCACAAAGUCUAGAAAUGCGCAUAUCUUUGUGCACGGACUCGUGGUUCGAACUCUGCUACAGUAUUAUUUCAGCUGCAGACAAGCCGAUCACACAAGAUCUCAUUUAUUUACAAAUCCAAUCGCUAUGGCUUCUUCGCCGCGUACUAAUAGAGCACACGGGUCCGCCGGAGUGGCGUCGUACAGUCGGUGCUCAAUUGUUGGCUCUGAUUGGACGACUGUGGUUGGAGACCCACUCGUGGGAUCCUGCCUUUAAACCCAACUACCAAGCAAUUACUAAUAACACAGAUGAAGAGGAAGUCGACAACAGAUGGCGCGCUCCAGCGACUGCGAGUUACACCGGAGCUACGUGCGCAGCGCUCGUACAGUUAGUGAGACAACUACACUCGGCGGCGCAGUGGCACAAUCCUAUAACUAGCUUACUGCUUGAUAAGAUGCAGUUAGCUGCUCAGACGGUUACCGCCGACUGGCAUUGGUGGCCACACACUAGUCAAGAUUUAACACAAACUAUGAAACCUGCACCUCCUAGUCUUGAGAGCUGUCUCAUUGCUGGUGCAUUGGGCGUUGUUGGUGGCGUGGAAUGGCGGAUAAGAUUAGGACAACGAGUAACUGCGGGGUCUCCGCCUCGAAGUGCUAUUGUAACGCAAUUGUCGCCUAGAGCGAAGAUAACUCUAACACAUGAAGAUAAAACUGUUACAAAGACUGAACUGAGUGGCAUUCAGAGUGCGGAGGGCGAUCGUCUCUCUUUACCACUAGGUGGAGGAGAGAGUGCACUACGUGUUUGUGCUGCGUUGUUAGGAGCCGGACCUCAAGCGUCGCCUAUGCAUCCACAUCACUUACCCGCUGAAAUCGACGUCUACGGUCUACGAAAGCAACAGAUGGAACUGCUCACACUAUGCGCUGUACGUGGACUUCUCACCACGAGGACUAGACUACGGAAGGUUCUGAUGCAGCCACCAGAUCAUGCGGCGGGUAACAUAGACAGAGGAAUAGUACUAGGUACAGAAGGCACUCUACUGAGAAGGCUACUGGCGCUUGCAACUCGUCCGAGUCCAAUGGCCGCGUCCCACUCGUCGCGAGAACUUGAAUCUGCAGCACUCACUAUAGUACAACAGUUGGCGGCUCAUGUAAAUGGAGACGAUAAGGAUCAUGACACCCCGCCUGAAAUGCCGAUCAUAGAUAAAAGCAAUGUUAUGCAAAUAUCAAUGGGACCUUCCACUAGUACAGCCUCAUUGUCACGAAAAGAUCUCAACACAUGGGCGAACUCAUCACAAGUGCAACAAGUCAUAGAAAUGGGGUUUUCUAGACACGCUGUAUAUGCCGCUAUUCAAGCCUUAGGUGGUACUAGUCUCCCCUCAGUAGAAUCUCUAGUCGUAUAUCUAUUAGAACUACCUCAACAUGGCAUGGACGACUCAGUAUUUGAGAUGCGACCUCUUAACAAACCGGAGAAGAAACAGACGCCGUAUAGAUGGCGCAGUUGUUUUGCAUCUGAAGAAGAGUACGCGCAAUACUUGUCUGAUGUCAUAACUCCUGGGAUGACUGUACGCUGCUGUAAAGCUGUUGAGCCGGUUGCUUUAGGAGAUGUCGGACAAGUGCAAAAAGUUGAACGCGAUAUUAAACAAAACGUCUUCUUACACGUGGAAUGGCGUGGUCUUGGCCGUGUGUUCGGCGUGCGCGCAUUGCACGCGGAGGUAGUGUCGGGCACGCCCCCCUUCGCCGUGGGGGAUAGGGUGCGCGUGCGCGCCGCCGUCACUCAGCCGCGGUACAAGUGGGGGUGCAUCGACCAUACCAGUGUGGGGACUGUUACUUCUAUUUCGAGCAACGGACGAGACCUAACCGUAGAUUUUCCUCAACAACCUGGCUGGACAGGACAAGUUAGUGAAAUGGAACUUGUGACUGAUCAAUCGGAGUGGGGAGAGAGUGCGGGUGGUACGGCAGUAGGGUGGCGCGGCGCGGUGCGGGCGGUGCGCGUGUCCUCGUGUCGGCCCGGCGCGGGCGCACGGCGACUGCUUGAUUCACAACCUCAUACUUAUUGGCAGAGUUCCAGUGGGAAUGGUCAGCACUGGAUCCGCGUAGAGAUGCGUAACGGCGUGCGCGUACGCCGCCUCGGUCUGGGCGUAGGCGGCGGCGCGUACGGUCCGGCCGCGCUAGCAGUGCGCGCGGGCGCUACGUUCGAUGAUGCUGCGCUUGCGCCGCUAGCUGCAGUGCCUUGUACGCCUUCUGCACCUACAAGGGAUAGACCACCUGCGCAUUUAGCUCAAAUACAGUUGCUGGCAGAUUGUAAACAGUAUUACGCUUGCAUUGAAAUCGGUAUAAAACAAAAUCGAAAUGUGAACGCUGAUUGUCGUGUCCAUGGUUUAUACAUAACGGGUUUUAGACCAAAUCCUCUGUACACAGAAGUGUUACAGAGUAUGAACUUUGUAGCUGAAGAUUGGAUGGAAAAAGACAAUCAGACGAGUUCUGUGUCAGCUGAUAACAAUCCUCCUGUGUUGCCAAGUGAUUGUCCUAAAGUAUAUGUUUGGGGUUUAAAUGACAAAGACCAACUAGGUGGCGUGAAAGGAUCUAAAGUUAAAAUUCCCGUGUUCUCGCCAAGUCUCAGCGCUUACCGACCUGUUCAUAUCGCUGGUGGAUCGAAGACACUCUUCAUUGUAUCACAUGAUGGAAAGCUAUUCGCCUGUGGUGAAGGUACAAACGGUAGACUGGGUCUAGGCCACAGUAACAACGUGUCGAGUCCGCGCGCGAACCCGUACCUCUCGCACGUACUCGUACGCCGCGUCGCUGUACAUUCAGGGGGGAAACAUGCGCUCGCACUCACUGCUGAUGGCAAGGUCUACUCCUGGGGUGAAGGCGAAGACGGCAAACUAGGUCAUGGUAACCGAAUCACCCUAGAAGUUCCUCGCCUUAUAGAGACGUUAUCAGGAGAAAGGGUCGUGGGCAUAGCUUGUGGGUCGGCUCAUAGUGCGUGUGUUACCGCUAGGGGACACUUAUAUACGUGGGGGAUGGGGGAGUACGGCAGGCUUGGACAUGGAGAUGAUAUGACGCAACUUUAUCCAAAGAUGGUGGAAGCAUUAGCCAACUUUAGAGUAGUACAAGUAGCGUGUGGAUCUCGUGAUGCGCAAACAUUGGCUCUGACUGCCUGUGGCAAAGUAUUCUCUUGGGGAGACGGCGAUUUCGGCAAAUUGGGUCGAGGCGGCUCUGAUGGUUGCGCAGUGCCAAUGAACAUUGAACGACUGAACACUCUUGGUGUUAUACAAGUAGAAUGCGGCGCUCAAUUCAGCUUAGCUUUGACUAGAGAUGGAGAGGUAUGGACAUGGGGUAAAGGCGACUACUUCCGUCUAGGCCACGGAUGUGACGCACACGUCCGUCGCCCGACUCUAGUAGAAGCGUUGCGCGGGCGCAGAGUUAUACAUGUCGCUGUUGGAGCAUUGCAUUGUCUCGCUGUUACUAGUGAACAUCAGGUCUGGGCAUGGGGUGACAACGACCAUGGUCAACAAGGAAACGGUACAACUUGCGUUAACCGUCGCCCGGCUCUCGUCGCCGGCGUGGAAGGAGUACAGAGGGCCGCCGCCGGUUCCUCUCACUCAGCCGCCUGGUCAUUAAGACCCUCUGCAUUACAAAAUGAUACUCAUGCUGCCCAUGUAUCUCCAGUGCCAUUCCCGACUUUAAAGGAUCCUUUGGGAGCACAAAGUUUAGGAUUAUAUUCAGAAGAAACAGUUGUAGAGGAGCCUCAAGGUCCACGAGCGUCGUUAGCUGCUGCAGCCUUGGCAUUAGAGCCGCCUGUAGCCGUACAACAUGCACUGUCUUUGAUUCUACUUGCUUUGCAUAUUACACAGGCGCGCAGUUUACUCGUAGAAGCGCUGCGUGCUCACGAAGCUUGUUCUACGGUGGCUCCCGUAGUAGCCACGAUAGAUACUGAGGAUGAAGACGGUGAAGGUGAUGCCCGAACUGGGGGUGGCGAAGCACCCGCUGAUAGAGCUACGUUACCUAGCGGAGCCAGCAGCCCACUGAGUGGUUCGAUAUCGUCUCGUCAUUCGGCUGUGAUGUCGUCCAGUGCAGUUUCUGUAGCCGCCGCCACAAUGACUGUGCAACAAGCUGAGGCUCCUAAGUUGGUGUUAGACGAAUUCACAUCACAACUUGGAGAAUCUGAUGCGAGGGCUCUGGUUGAUUUACUGAAGUUAGCAGCGGCCGGCAGGAUACCGGACUCUAAUAAUGCCGUGAAGAUCAUUACUGAUGUUCUUAUGGCUCUAUGCGCCAGUAAGCCUGCGGUGGCAGACAUGGUGGUGGAGGUGUGUGUGUGCGAGCUGGAGGAGGCGGCUGCAGGAGGGGGGAGGGCACCCCCUCAACCCAUCACUGUCGACAGUCCGCAUCCCUAUAUUGACGAUACUGAUAUAUCAGGUGUAGUCAAAAUACCCGGUGCCGUAUCUCUUCGCGUAGUCUUCGAACAAGGAUGUUCUACGGAGCGGCGUAAUGAUCCCCUCACUAUAUCGGAUAGUACCGGUCGAGUACUAGCCACUCGAUCGGGGCGAGAACCAACCGAUUGGGCGCAGGAAAUCAUCGUUAAUGGUGAUGAGCUGCGUUGGAGAUUUACAAGCGAUGGUUCCGUCACCGGCUGGGGUUGGAGGUUCACCGCUCAUCCGAUGUUACCAGCACAUUCUCUUACUGAUAGCGGUUCAGAUCGCUACGUCUUGUCAUGUCCGUCAGUAGAGUUAGCGUGGCGAUUACUUGACGGUCCACUGCUUGCGGCGAUAUCCAAGGACCAUCAGUUGGCGCCAAGGUUGGCUCAAGCGUUGGCUAUAUGUGCUCAGAUGCCGUCUUUGUCAUGGCGAGCUCGCGUAUGGUGCGUCCGUCGCCUCCGCGGCGUGGUCUGCGGCGGCAGUGGUUGCGGCGCCGGCGAGGGUGGGACGGGCGGCGCGCCCGCGCCUCCUGCACUACAACAACUGCCGCAACUACUGCACGCUCAGUACGAGCACGAGGAACCUGCGCUAAGGACCGGCUCGCAUUUAUUCCAUACGCAUUAUCUUAAGGAACUAGCCUGGCUCGCAUGUGGUCUUCGCAUGGACACUCGAGUCUGCGGCGGUCCAGAUUCAAUGCGUUGGUCGUGGUUCAAGCGUUACUGCCUCUGUUUACGCACAGCCGACGCACUCAUACGACGAUCUCCCUUACCCACUCCCUUCCUAGCAGACGUACGCAAGAGAUUGUCAGACCUCUGCGUGUACGAUGAAACUAGCGAACCGAAUUACCAGUGGGAAGAUAAUACCAAGUUCACGAAGCAACACGAUGAGCAACUCCUGCAUUGGGUUAACAAAGUGCAACGUCACUUGAUCAUAUUUAGCGGCAUCUCAUCAGUUGAAGUUGCCUCAAAUCCACAAUUGACCCUAUCUAACCUUAGACGGCCAGAAGACUGGUGCGGUUGGUGGGGCGGGGUGUUCCGAGGAUGCGCAGUGUACGGCUGGGGACACAACCACCGCGGCCAGCUGGGCGGGGUGGAGGGGGCCAAGGUACGGACCCCCACAGCCUGCCACGCACUCGCCGCACUCAAUCCUGUGCAGUUAGUCGGCGGGGAGCAGACCUUGUUCGCUGUCACACCCGAUGGAAAGGUUUAUGCUACUGGCUAUGGCGCUGGUGGCAGACUAGGCAUCGGAGGCAUCGACUCUGUCUCACAACCGACACUACUCGCCUCGAUUCAACACGUUUUUAUUGCAAAGGUCGCUUGUAACUCGGGAGGCAAGCAUUGUUUGGCGCUUUCCGCUGACGGCGAUGUGUACAGCUGGGGUGAAGGCGAAGACGGCAAGCUGGGGCACGGGAACAGAGUGAGUUAUGACCGUCCCAAGUUAAUAACAGCUCUGUCGGGUCUGGAAGUAGUGGCCAUUGCUUGUGGAGGCGCCCACUCUGCGUGUUUGACCGCUCGAGGGCGCAUCUAUACCUGGGGUAAAGGCCGGUACGGAAGAUUGGGACACGGGGACUCUGAGGACCAGUUGGUGCCGAAAAUGGUGGAAGCCCUAUCAUCGUACCGCGUGAUAGACGUCGCUUGCGGUUCAGGAGACGCACAAACUCUUUGUAUCACUGACGAUGACAAUGUCUGGUCUUGGGGAGAUGGUGACUAUGGGAAACUAGGCCGAGGUGGAUCAGAAGGCUGCAAGCUUCCAAUGCGGAUAGACUGUUUGAAAGGACUUCGUGUUGUCAAAGUUGAAUGCGGGUCUCAAUUCUCUGUGGCGCUGUGUCAAUGUGGAAGCGUUUACACGUGGGGCAAAGGAGACUACCAUCGCCUGGGACACGGCAGCUAUGAUCACGUAAGGCGUCCCAUGCGUGUCACAGGCAUGCAAGGGAAGACUAUCGUGUCUAUAGCUACAGGCAGUCUCCACUGCGUGGCGUGUACGGACACCGGUGAAGUAUACACGUGGGGUGACAAUGAUGAGGGACAAUUGGGAGACGGAACCACACUCGCUGCUCAAAGACCCAGGCUUUUGACAGCUUUGCAGGGUAAGCGUGUGACGAAGGUAGCUUGUGGCAGCGCGCACACGGUGGCGGUGUGCGUGGAGGCCCCGCGAGCGCCGCGGCCGCCGCCCGCGCCGCCACUCGAGUGCCAUCUACUCAGGGACCUGCCGCCGCUACUUACGUGCAACAGGCUGGUACUACUUCAUCAGUUUUCGGAGCUGGUUUGUCCGAACCUUCCGUUGUUGAUCCUCGACGGUCCCCUAGACCAAUUGAGGACUCUACUAUUCUACAGUGUCAAAGAAGCUGCGUUUAGAAAGGCGAUAUUAUCAACGAUGACUCGGGAACGGCAACACGGUCCAGUAGUGGAACUGUCCCGCGUGGCGGCACGUCGCGCCCGGCGGGGCGGGACGGGGCUGGCGGGCCCCGCCGGGAUGCGCUCCGUCUUCGGACAGAUGGUGGCACGACUACCUGUACUCACACAAGAAGCACUCGGAUUGCCACAACGUGUAUGGAAGGUUAAGUUUGUCGGUGAGAGUGUAGACGACUGUGGCGGUGGAUACAACGAGAGUAUCGCGGAGAUGUGCGAGGAGUUACAGAACGGGUCGCUCCCACUACUGAUGGCCACGCCCAACGGACGCGGGGACGCCGGCGCAUCUAGAGACGCAUUCUUAUUGAACCCCACCGCUAAUACCCCGCUACAUCUCAACUGCUUCCGAUUUCUUGGUGUAUUAAUGGGCAUCGCAAUUCGCACUGGCUCCCCGCUAUCCCUCUCUCUAGCGGAGGGAAUAUGGCGACAACUAGCUGGACAGCCACUGCGGCCGCAGGACCUGGCUGAAGUCGACAAAGAUUUCCUGCCUGCACUGCUGUGUAUUAGGGAUAUGACGCCUAAUAAUAAGGAACUACAAAACUUGGAGCUUCCAUUCUCGAUUCCAUCAGCGGCGGGUCACGAGGUGCCUCUGUCGACGCGACACAAGCGCGUCACGCCAGACAACAAGGACGAAUACGUGCAGCUCGCUCUGCAUUACAGACUUCACGAAUUCGACGAGCAAGUCCGCGCAGUCCGCGACGGUAUAUCCCGCGUGAUCCCGGCGCCAUUACUGGGGCUGUUCACCGCGGCCGAGCUGGAGACACUCGUCUGCGGCUCCCCCGACAUACCCGUGCAGGCACUGCGAGCCUCCGCCACUUACAAAGGUAUCGAGCCCAACGCGCCUCUAGUGCAGUGGUUCUGGGAGGUGAUGGAGGAGCUAUCUGGCAGCGAACGAGCAUUGUUCCUACGUUUUGUAUGGGGACGGACUCGUCUGCCCAGAGCGCCACAAGACCCUAGGCAAAGGGACUUUGUUCUACAGGUGUUAGACAAGUACCAACCGCCAGACCACUUCCUACCCGAGAGCUACACAUGUUUCUUCCUUCUCAAGAUGCCAAGAUAUUCGUGCAAGUCUGUUCUACGGGAGAAAUUACGAUACGCGAUCCACUUCUGCAAGAGCAUAGACACAGACGAGUACGCACGCGUAGCAUUGACUGCAGCUGAACGAGUGUCCUCGGAGGAAUCUGAUUCUGAAGCAGAUUUACCAACGCCGGUAGUGAACCCCCCACCUCUGUACUCACUGAGUAGAGCGCCUACGUGGCUCUGAGACCGCGCCGGUGGUCCUUGGACCAUACACGCGGACCUCGCGUUACUCGCCGCCCGACAAGCUUAGUCAAACUAAAAGUUGAUGUCAUCGGGCUGACGAGAUACCUAAAUGGAACUCCAAAGACAUUUCACCACGUGAUAGGCAGUGAAUCUUUGACUAUUUUCGAUACAUAUUGAAACAAUACGGAAAUAUAACCAGUGAAUAUUUAAGGUGUUCUAAAAAAGUUAUUUUUAUAUAACUUUACGCUUAGUGACAUUGAAAUAUGUAGCGGUUAUUGACAUAGGAAUAGUCAACUUCUGCCGAAAAGAAGAUAUGUGCUUGUAACGGCAUGUGUUUUCCUUUUGAAGCGUCCAGCUUAUGUUGUAUUAAAUGGGACGACUUUACAUUAAGAAUCUUCACCUUGCUUGUGCGCAUGAGCAUCCGAACCUAGUCUUCAUAAAUGUGUUACUAAGGUCACUGACACCACGCACUUGCAAGCUUAUCCUAAUCGUGUUGUUUAUACACGUCACAGGACAAAAGCUUCGUUAGCAUUUCACAAAAUUAUGACUGUUGCGUAUUAGCAACGUUCUUACUUCGAAUACUCUUAGAAAUUACUCGUUGUAAAUCAUGAUAUUUUAACCGUAGAAUAUUAUACUCGUAUGUUCACUGAUCAGUGAGACUUCCUUAUAUUGUACGUGCAAUAUAAUAUAAGUCAACGUUACAAUUACCGAAUCGGAUUUUUCAAUUCCAGCAUUCCAUCCAUAGCUUAGGUACCGAACUCGAGCAAUUUUCGUACUUAUGCAAAUGUGUUUAAGAAUUAUAAUUGUAUACAACGAUCGGCAACACUGCCACAUUCCAUUUUAACGUAUAUUGUAACGCUUCGUAAUCUCAUACUACCAUUUAGUAUUGUGUCCAAAAUCAGUCUUUUAUCUACUUUAUUAUCACCAUUUUUAUAUUGAAUAUCAGGGGCAAUGUAUUAAGCAAUAACAUGUGAAGCUAGAUAUAAAUCUGGUUUUGGACAUUUCAUAUUUUAAGGAAUGAAAAAGCCCCAAGGAAUGGCGAUAAAGCGACGGAAAGGAAUGUCUUGUAAUGCAUUGAACAAUAACUUAAAUGCUCGUACGACGAUGGAUGUAAUAUCUAUGUUCCUAAAUCCAAACUUAUAGUACGUUAGAAACACAAAAUUUGGGAUCAAUUCAGCAUUCUGGGGACAUCAGUUUCAUGGCUCUAAUAUGGAAAUGAAAAUGACAGUUUUCCUUAAACUCGAAUAAUUUCACGAUCAAUUUGAAACAUUAUACUUUGAAAUAAAAAGAAAAAGUUAUCAUACAGUGAAAGAACCAAAAUAAACACAAAUUGACUGACUGAAGCAUGGAACUGUGAAUACUGUGAUGUUAUUGGCCGACGAGGGUACGAAUGUCUUAGAUAGGAUUUGUAAGUAAUGCAUUUCGCAGAUCAAACAUUUUAAACUAGUCACUUACCGCAAUUUGUAUGUAGUAUUGCCAGCAUGAUAUUUUAUGCGCAUCAAUAUACGACAACGUAGUCAGAAUGCUGCUUGGGUUUUAAUAAUGUAGUGUAUAAAAUACAUUUUUACAUCUAACAUGUUGCCAAUUAUUACUAUUAUUAAAUAAGUAAUUGGGUUCAUAAUGCAGGGUAAACAACUGACAACACUGCAUUUGAAAUGGCAACCCCUAACCAGUAUUGCUAUAAAUAUGAAAUGUAUUUUUGCAUUUUAAAAUAAUAAUCGUAGAAUCAAAGUUGUUACUAAAGCAAUAUUUUGUAUUGCGUAUACAAUUUAUUUUUGGCAAUAUAAAGGGUCUGUUUGACUGUUCUUACACAUAGUUAGGAAUCAAUCUACAUAUUCAUUAUCAAAUUCGGGAAGACACCCUAGGUCAAACUAAACUUCGUGAAUUAUUAAGUUAUAUGUUUAUAAAACCUAUUAUCUCCAACUUUAAUUAAGUAAACAAUAAUUUCACGAAAUAGUUGCUUCGCUAGUGUUAUUAAUCGGUAGGCUUUUGGUGCUAGAAUUUCACGAUUAGUCUUAAAUUUUUAUACUGAAAUAUAUAAAUGCACAAAUGAUUAUAAAAUUUAUGUAAAGUUCUGCUUUAUUGUCAUAUUGUUUGAACAAAUUAUGUGUUGUAUUUUAAUUAUUUCUGCUAUAAUAAUAUAUUUGGUUGUUAAGUAAUUUGUAAAUAUAUGUUAUUUCGUCUAUAUACUUUUACAUUCAAAUUACUCAGUUCAUUGAAAUUCCCAUUGUGCCUACAUUUUCCAUUUGUAGUCUGGUUUUGUAUCAUCCUGUAGAUCAGACAUUGUACCACCAAAGAAUUUUUAUUUAAGAGAAACAAGAAUUAUUUACUUUUGAGAUCUGAAACUAAAGCUUUCUUUGUGAUCUAUCCUAUGCAGCAUUAUUUAUUUUAAAUGGCUAUAGAAUUAUAAAUACAAUAUUAAUUUUAAUUAUGUGUUUUAUUUCUGGUUCUUAAUUUCCAAAGAAUACUAUAGUCAGGCACUGAAAUGUAGCAGAAUGAAUACUGUAAAAUUCCUUGAAUGUUUUCUUAAAAGUUUGUUAUUAGAAAAAACAAAAGUAAUUAAUUUUUAAAUGAAAUUCAAAAGAGAGUUCACAUGAUUUAUUUUCUAUAUAACUUACAUGUUGCCCUUAAGGAAAUUAAAUGUACUAAUAUGAUCACAAAUGAAAACCAUAAUAUGCGAAUUACUUCUUCGACUUAGGUUUAAGGGUGAAGUAUAGGAUCACUGCGCCCAUGACUGCAUAAGUUGCUUUGGCAGUCUGAAACAAAGAUUAGAAAACCUUUAUACAAGACUAGUUUUGUCAUUUGAUGAUUUUAAGGGUAAUCAUUUUAAUAAAAGAUGCAAGUGGUGAGUUGUCAUUCGACAUGGAGGACCAAGGGGAGGCCUUUGUCCAGCAGUUGUCUUUCUUGAACGUCUUUCGGCUGUUGCUGAUGAUGAUUUUUAUAAAAAGAAUUAUGGUUUUAAACUCUUAAAUAGUUACAAAUAAUGCAAGUAAAAUUAUUCUAAGUACAAACUACAAGAUACAUUGGAUGCACAUCAAAUAGCCAAUCAGUCAAUAUAAUUUUUAGACAAGACUUGAUGAUGUCUACAUAUUAAUUACAGAACGUGCUUUACUUAUAAUAAUUGCGUUUAUUUCGCCAAGUAAGACUAAUUAGGAAUCCAAUAGGAAUCACCAUAGUAAGAACAUUUUACGUACUUAACCUAUAAGGUUUGCGAUCUUUUUAUAGUUUGUAAAAUAGUAUAAAUGAGUACUCACGUUAGCUCUGCCCCUGUUUGUUUGGCUGUUGAAAUAUUUGGACAAGCCCUUAAGCUGGGAUUCGUCGACAGAACUGUCUCCGGCCAUUCUACAAUAAAAU